UCCUGGGCAGGAAGAGGGGCGAGCCUCAGCUGCUGCUUAGUGGGGGGAGGGGUACCAGCCCCGGCCAAACUUCAACCCCCGCACGGCCCGGGAGAGUACAAGCAAGCCAAAGCCAUGAGCAGCCAAUACCAAGAGGAGAGCUGCUCCGAGAGGCCCGAAUGCAAAAGUAAAUCGCCAACUUUGCUCUCCUCCUAUUGCAUCGACAGCAUCCUGGGCAGGAGGAGCCCUUGCAAGAUGCGGCUGCUAGGAGCAGCUCCUAAUCUGCCGCCUCAGGCCAACCGGACGGAGCCGGACAAGGCCGGGCAAGGACCAGGCAAGGGCAGCCCGCCCGGGUUCGAGACGGGCGAGCUGCAUCUGCCGCCCAAGCUGCGCCGCCUCUAUGGGCCUGGUGGGGGCCGACUGUUGGCGCGGGCCGAGGCAACCGCCUCGUCGUGGGACUCCCUCAAGAUCAGCCAGGCGCCACAGGUCAGCAUCAGUCGAAACAAGUCCUACCGGGAGAACGCGCCCUUCGCGCGGAUCGCUCCUACCCUCGACGACUUGGGCAGUCCUGGAGGUGGCGGCGCCCCCGACGGCCGGUCGGGCCGAGGGGAGGAACUGCUGGAGGAGGACGAGGACGAGGAGGAGGAAGAGGAAGAGGAGGCCGAGGAGCUGGACGAGGAGCUGGACGAGGAGGACGAACUGCUGACAGAGGCCAAAGACGCCCGACGGAGCUCGGGGCCCGCGGGUGGGACUGGCGUGGGGCCUGCGGCGAUGGGAAGCGAAGGUGCCGGCGGCUCGCCCAAGGAGGAGCUGCUGCUCCCUGCCGACGAGCUGGCCGACGGCAAGGAUGGCGAGGACAGCGUGUGUCUGUCGGCGGGCAGUGAUUCCGAGGAGGGGCUGCUCAAGAGGAAGCAACGCCGUUACCGCACCACCUUCACCAGCUACCAGCUGGAGGAGCUCGAGAGGGCCUUCCAGAAGACCCACUACCCCGACGUCUUCACCAGGGAAGAGCUGGCGAUGCGUCUGGAUCUGACUGAAGCCAGAGUGCAGGUCUGGUUCCAGAACCGGAGAGCCAAAUGGCGGAAGAGGGAAAAGGCCGGCGCUCAGAGCCACCCACCCGGCCUGCCUUUCCCUGGCCCGCUGUCGGCAUCUCAUCCGCUCAGUCCCUACCUUGAUGCUAGUCCUUUCCCUCCUCAUCACCCAGCUCUCGACUCCGCCUGGACGGCCGCCGCCGCCGCCGCCGCUGCCGCCGCCGCCUUUCCCAGCCUCCCGCCUCCACCGCCGGGCUCUGCAGCCUUGCCCCCCAGCAGCACCCCGCUAGGCCUCAGCACUUUCCUGGGAGCGGCUGUAUUUCGGCACCCGGCCUUCAUCAGCCCGGCUUUUGGCAGGCUCUUUUCCACCAUGGCCCCGCUGACUAGUGCUUCCACUGCGGCUGCCCUGCUGCGACAGCCAGCCCCCGCCGUGGACAACGCCGUGCAAUCGAGCGGCCUCUCUGACCCGGCCUCCGCGGCAGCGGACCGGCGCGCCUCCAGCAUUGCGGCGCUGCGCCUGAAAGCCAAGGAGCACGCGGCGCAGCUCACGCAACUCAACAUCCUCCCCGGGAACAGCGCGGGCAAAGAGGUGUGCUAAGCCGCUCCCGGGGGGUUGGUGGGCGAAUCGGCCGAGGCAGGAAUCCAAGACCAAAACGGGAGGGAAGCCAGCGGACACACGCUUUCUGGAGGGGAACGGGCGGCGGGGAGGCGCCACUUCUGCGGCUUCCCUUGGGCCAAUCCGCAGGAGCCCACUCGUCCUCGGCCGGCAGUUUUUUCCUUGCUACAUCGGCCACUUGGUCAGCAAAGCACCUGCCCGAGUUGCGGGAGGCUGGAGAGAAGACCGGGAGGUCGGUGAGGUUGCUAAAAAAACGAAGGGCCGCGGAGGCCAAGCUGCGCUCUUCGCCUGGGCUGUUGUCACCGGCCCGGGAAAGGACCGUCAACCGCAGAUGCUUGCUGACAGGGCCAAGGCAUGGUCAAAGCCAAGUAGAGCACUUGGGGAGGGGCGGGUUCACCGAUCACAUCAACCAAGGGUUUUAUAGCAAACCAAAGGGAAAUAUAACGCUAGCAUAUGGACUGUUUAAAAGUCACUAUACUGUGAUGCUCGAUACUGUACAUACCAUUGUUAUUAAAAAAA